AUGUCUGCACGCACCUUUUGCCUUCCAUCCUCAUCCUCACUCCUCAUUGCCCAGCUAGACGUGCACGCUAUCUCCUCUCUCUUCACGCCAGACCCCGCCUUCACCAUGUCUCACCCGUCGUUCAACUUUGCGCAGUACCUCCGUGAUCCGAAGGUGCAGGCUUGCGUCGCUGACCAGGUCAACGAGUCAAUGAUGGCGGGCCCGCUAUUCAACCAGCUCAAGGUCUAUGCCGACCGUGAAAUCGCCACCCAGAACAUGUACUUCGUUGACGAGCCUGAUGGCAGCGCUAUCCUCUGCAGUAGGGAGGGAAUGGCGGCCGAGAACGUCCAAGAAACUACUUUCUACGCUACUGGCGUGUUCCUCAACCGGCACGAAGGAUUCGUACCGUCCGCGCACCAGUACGUUGUGCUUGCUGACAACGGCGACACAGACUUCAAGAACUUCCAGAAGGCGAUCCAGAACUUCUGGGUCAUGGCUUGCCUUCGUCGUCCGGAGGGCAAGCUCAGGCCGCUCAACGACUUGGUCAUCAAUGGCAACCAGGCCAUCUGUAUCAGCACGCCGAUUUCAACUCCACGCAACCGGAUGUGUGAAGGCGAUGAGCCACUCACCCUCACGGCCGACCAGGAUUCUCAGGGCAUCGUGAUGCAAGCUGGUGAAUACGAGCUUCACAGCGGUGUUUGCGGUGCUUUCCUUCGCCAAGGACAAAUCGUUCAGGUUGAGGUUAGUUUCAAGAUUGUGCCCGCCGGUCAUCAAUUUUGCCUACGGAUGGACCUGAAGAGCGUCGUCAUCAUCAACGACGACAUCGUAGCGACAAUGGCGUGGGCUGAGGCAGACGCUGAGGCUGCUGAGAAGACCAACGUCAUAUCCGUUUCCAGCGCCGGUCCGUCUGGUACCGCGAUCAAGGUGAAGGGCAGGUCGAAGGUUAAGCGCGUGCCUCGCAAGCCAAAGAACCUUGUCAAAGAGGUUGAGGGUGACGCUGACAUGUGCAAGCUCCCGUUCCAAAGUUCGUAG